UGCUCCUGCCACAAGAGGAGAUAUUUUGCCUCGGCUUCUCCUGGAGACUGCCUUAUCUGUCGAAGCAUCUCAGACAUGCAGGAAGAAGGGACAUACAACUCACUCCAGUGGGAUAAUCCAACACCAAGCCCUUACCAGAAACAUCUGUCUUCCACCAAAUGUUCAGGAACAUGGUGUCUUCUGGUGGUGAUUUCAUGUAUUUUCUGCGUGGGCUCAGUAACAACCUCUGUUUUCCUGGGCAUCAAGUUGUUCCAGGUGUCCACUAUUGCAAUGAAGCAGCAAGAAAAACUCAUCCAUCAGGAGAGAACAAUGUGGAAUUUCACACGAUGGCAGAAAAACCAUAACCUUCAGAUGAAAUACUGUCAAACCUUGAUGCAAAACUCCUUCGUUUCGGCCCAUAACUGCAGCCCUUGUCCAAACAACUGGAUUCAGAAUGGUGGAAGUUGCUACCAUGUCUUUGAAAACUGGAAAAUCUGGCACACCAGUAAAGAGGACUGUUUGAAGGAGGGCUCUAAUCUUCUACAAAUAGACAGCAAAGAGGAAAUGGACUUUAUCACUGGCAGCCUGAGGAAGAUCAAAAGUGGCUAUGAUUACUGGGUGGGACUGUCUCAGGAUGGUCUCAGCAGAUCGUGGCUUUGGCAAGAUGGCUCCGCUCCUCCCCCUGACCUGUCACCAGUAAAGACACUCCAAUCAACUAACCAGCUUUGCGGAUAUCUCAAGGACAAGUCCCUGUCUUCCGCUAACUGCAGCAUUUGGAAAUAUUUUAUCUGUGAGAAGUAUGCAUUAUGAUCCUCUACCUGA